AUGUCAUUCUCAAUAUUCCCGCCGCAUUGCAGAGAAAUUGGGACCAUGUUUUCUCAAUCUACAAACACGGAGCCACAGCUCAUUCAGUCUCUUCAAGACCUUACAAUUCUUGAGCAAUAUGAACGCGGGGAGACUAAACUCAAAGCAACCACGUUUUAUCACAUCAGCAAUAACGAAGAAUUGUAUUUUGGGGUGACGUCGAAGAGCAAAAUGGACACAUCGAUCCCCGAGUACAAUUCAGCUCUCAAGCGCGUUCCCGAUGAGAAGGUCUGGCCUGAAGUUCCGGCAGACGUCAGCCUCACUCUUGCGCCUGAUAACCUGACCGAGAAGUCGGCUUUCCUGAAGCGGCCUAAGCUGAAGUCAUAUUCUCCUGAGAAAGAUAACAGCCUCAUCCCCCAGUCAUUUCUUAAAGAAACAUUGAUAAUGGAGCAACUAUCAAACUUGCCUCAUCCAAACCUCAUCCAAUACCUUGGCUGUCGGGUGAAACGGGGUCGGAUUACGGCAAUUUGGUUGGAGCGCCUCGAACUGACCCUGAACCAAUACGUCAACACCCCAGAGUUCAACCAACUAGACAAGGACAAAUUUCUUGAUCAUAUUGAAUCAGCCGUAAACCAUUUACACGCCUUGGGCCUCGCCCAUAAUAAUAUCAAUCCCGGCAACAUCAUGAUUAAGGGCAACAAGCCCACUCUCGUUGGUUUUGGGUCUUGUCGGGCUUUUGGAGAGAAUUUGGACUCACUUGGUUCCCGAGGUUGGCAUGGAAAGAUACUCUCCACCUCUGAAAAGGAACAUGAUAUUCUUUCCUUGAAAAAUCUACGUGAUUGGAUCAAGAACCCAGACUAA